CGCCUUCUGUCUUGCUCCGCGCUCCCUCUCUCGCGAGUCGCGCACACACGCACGUUGAGCUCACGGAGAGUGAGAUGAGAAUGAGAUGAGAACAGUCAUGGAGGAGCUGAGCGCGGUGGGAGGGCAGGUCUUUGAUGCCGAGUGUAUCCUCAACAAACGCCUGAAGAAGGGCAAGCUGGAGUAUCUGGUGAAGUGGAGAGGAUGGUCGUCCAAGCAUAACAGUUGGGAACCUCAGGAAAACCUUCUUGACCCGAGACUAUUGGCUGCGUUUAACAAGAGGGAGCAGGAGCGGGAGCUCUUGAUCCACAAUAAGGGGAAACGACCUCGUGGACGACCCAGAAAAAUAUUGGAAACCAUUCCAGUGGUAUCCAAAUCAAGCAGCUCAUCCUCAUCGUCCUCAUCUUCUGGUUCAUCGUCUUCCUCGUCUUCUUCCUCUUCUUCAGAUGAUGACGACAAUGAAGAUGACAACGAUGACAGGAAUCCGAAACCGAGCCCUCGUCCACGAGAGCACCACCCGGUCCCUCAGAAGAAAGCCCAGAUCGUGGUUGCCAAGCCAGAACCGCCGAAGAAAAAGCGAGGGAGGAAAGCGAUUCCUCCAGAGCUGAAGGUGCAGCGCCAGGCCAAAGGUCCCCGGAAGAUGCUCAAGCCCAUUUCCAGAGACUCGGAGCUCCGAGGGAGCAUAAAGAAACCACUCAUGCCUGCAAGCUUUACUUACACCGGGUUGAACCGAAACUCUGGAAGAGAAAUGAUGGCACUGCAUAAUAGAGGUUCUUUUACACAGAAGAACUCUUUAAGUUCCUCGGGACGCUCUGUCGGCUCGGCCUUGUCGCCUACUACAUUAAGUCGGCCACCACAAACCAAAACUGCUUCGGAUUUCAAGCUCUCAGUCUCAGAUAUGAGUAGCAGUGGAGUCGAUCCCACAACACCCACUUGCAAAUCUCCAGGAGUGGCUGCGUUGAAUCUGCACAGCAGCAAUGGACAGACAUGUCCACAACUCUCUCCAAAUGUCCCAAAAGCCUCGGAUCAGACUCUACUUCAAAGAUCAGGAUCUCUCCAGAAAUCCCCAUCAAGCUCAUUUUCCUCUCUUAAAACUCCUUCCAGCCUUCAAGCUCUCAACCUGCAGAGCAUCACCAAAACGGCGCAGGGUAAUGGCACCUCCACAAACGACGGUUCCUACUUGAAGGAUACCUCCAACCCUAGUAGAAAAAGCUCUGGGUUUAACACUAGACACGAGCAAAGUCCUGCACUGAAUGUCCCAAGUAAGUUCCCAACCAGUCAACAAGUCCUUAAGAGUCCACAACUGAAUAAAUCCAAAGUGGAUGAUUUGUCCGAAAGACUUGGGAAAAAGAAUCAAGGUAGAGUGGACAAGAUACUCAUUCAGACGGCCGAGGGCCGAGAUCACCCAGCCCAAGACAGAUCCUCUUCUAAAGAUCCAGGGAAACCAAGCAAGACCCUGAGCGAGUUGAGCACUGGAGAAGAAGGAAGCAGCUCGGAUUCUGACCAUGAAUCCUCAUUUCCGAGCGACAACCGUGACUUGGCCAUCUCGGUGCAGGCUGGUCAGGACUGGAAGCCAACACGAAACCUGAUCGAACACGUGUUUGUCACCGACGUCACUGCAAACCUGGUCACUGUAACGGUGAAGGAGUCACCCACCAGCGUCGGGUUUUUUAGCAUCCGCAAUUAUUGAAUGUCGGCAACUGGAACUUCAGCCACUCUGUGAUAAUCGGGAGAAGUUUCGAAGGAAUCAAAGGAACUGUUUGGUGCUUUUCCAUCUUUGGAUUUUACUUGUUUUAAUUCAAAAUCCGACUGUUUUAGUUGGUCAGUUUUGGAGUUCUUUGAGAAGACGAAUGCCUAAAGACCUGCUCAAUCAGAGACCUUUAUAAUCUCAGUUAAGCAUAGAUAUUAAGCAUAAAUAUGUUACUGAACAAAUAAUUGACCAUUCUUCUUGGUUUCCACUUCAGGGAUGGUUUCAUGUUCUCUUGAUGUUGAUUCUGAGUACAGUAUUAGUAAAGAAGAAAGUCACCAGAUCAGAACAAAUGUAUCCAAAAUGCGUUAAAGCUGAAUCUCAGAUCACAUAUUUUAAGGUACCUGUUUUUAAAGCUGUCCUCUUUCUGCCUGAUAACUAUUAUAACAGGGUUUUUUCCUUCUAAAAUGAAUGUUGGCAUCUUUUAUACUACACAACAGUUCUGUUUAUUUAUUAUUAUUUCUCAUUGGUUUUUGUUGGUAGGUGAAAUGCUGAAACAUACAGUAAAGACUCUUUUUAUACAAAA